GGAAAAGAGACGCCGCCGUGACCGCACCUCGCACGCCCCCCCAGCUCGCUCCCUCUCCCUGCGCGCCGGCCGCUCACCUAGAGAGAAGGCAGAGCAGGACAGGUAAAGGAGCGGAGCCGGAAGAACCAGCCGCGAUCUCUGACGCCGCUUCUCGCUAGCUAAACUGUCACUGAAACUUUUGCCUUAUAUCCGCCAGACCCGUUUUAAGGCGACUUGUUGAUGAAAGGAAGAGGGCAUUAUAAGAAGACAUGACGGAACGAGGAAAGAAGAUGAUACUGGUUGCGGUGGAUGUUCUUUGUGUCAUUGUUGCUGCCCUGCCGUCGGCCAUCUCAACGUUGAUGUUCAGACCCUACCAGAGAGGGAUCUACUGUGACGACAAGAGCAUCAGCUACCCUUACAGGAGAGACACCAUCUCCCAUGGAGCCAUGGCCGCCGUCACCAUCACCUGCUCCGUGCUGAUCAUCACGUCAGGGGAGGCCUACCUGGUGCACACCAAGCGUCUCCACUCCAACUCCCAGUUCAACCAGUAUCUCUCGGCGCUCUACAAGGUCGUGGGCACCUUCAUGUUUGGAGCCGCUGUCAGCCAGUCUCUGACCGACCUGGCCAAGUUCACCAUCGGCCGGCCCCGUCCGAACUUCCUGUCCGUGUGCGCUCCGACUGUUUGCAAUGGGUACAUGCUACAGAUCAACUGCACGGGCAACCCGCGCAACGUUACAGAGUCCAGAUUAUCCUUCUACUCCGGCCACUCGUCCUUUGGGAUGUACUGCAUGAUCUUUCUAUCGUUGUACGUACAGGCCCGCAUGCAGGGGAAGUGGACACGUCUGGUCAGACCCACCAUUCAGUUCUUCCUGUUGGCAUUUGCUGUGUACGUGGGAUACACGCGAGUAUCUGAUUACAAACACCACUGGAGUGAUGUGCUGGUGGGCCUACUGCAAGGAGCCCUCAUCGCCGUGCUUACUGUCCGUUACGUCUCAGACUUCUUCAAGCAGCGACCCCCUCAGUGUACGCGGCCAGACACUGCCGAGAACGAACAACUGGAACGCAAACCGAGCCCGCAGCCCCCCGACUCCCAACGCAGGAACCACUACAACUACUCCGGACCUGUAUGAGCGCAUGAGCAGUAACUCGAUGGCACGUGCACCAACUAUAGACGCUAAAACACCCACUGUAACUAACCUGGGCCAACAUGUUUAACUGCUUUUACCAAAGGAUCUAGAUUUUUUUUUUUAUAAACAAAUUACUAAAUCAAAACCUUCUCACAAGAACCACUAUCUUGGGAUUCAUGAUGCUGACUACACCUUCCUCCUGAAGAUGACUUCCCGGCGGUGCUACAACACAGCCAUCAAAUUUCACCACAGAUAUCUGCGACUACGGGGAACUAAUGCUCUGCAGCAGAUUUUCGCGUGUGUGUGUGUGUGUUACAAAAUAUAUUAGGUAGAAAUGCAAUUUUUUUUUGUGUGCACUAUGUAUGUAAGCGUAUUAUUGUAGUCUUUCAUGUGCAGAUUUUUUUUUAAUCGAAAGUUGCAAUUAUUUUUCUUAAUCCCAUUUAAUGUUUGCAGACAAAUUGUUUUCAGAGCAGUUUUACUUUUGUAAUUGUGGAGGACGAGCUGUUGUGGAAGUUAACCGAGACAGGCAACUGGAGACUCCCUCUCUGACCCCGGGCGAAGCGGCCCUGUGAUCGGGGAGGCCGCCAUUUGGUUGCCCGUCUCCGGUGCGGUGGGCGCGAUAAGACUGCCUCGUGAUAUUAAAGGAGAACAGUGUCUACACUGGAAAUAGAUCAUAUCUGUCACUUAAGCCGUUUUAACUGCAUUUUAUUGUCUACAAAGAGACACACAUGGACUGCUCCAAAUGUUGAAUAGAACCACAGUUUUGUAUUGUACUAACAAUUUUAUUUUGUGUAUUGCUACUGUGUCUAAUAAACUGUGCAUUUUUUAAAGAAUGUAUUACAACUUUGCUGAAGUGUUACAUGGAGCUUUGGGCUUGUGCACGCGGUGCCGGUGGUGUCUCGUCUUCAUGGCUGGUUGAAGGCUGCUCCGAUGGGGGUGAGAUUGCUACAGCGAGAGAACGAGAGAUACAGGAAAGGCCUCUGAUGGCAAUGAA